CCAAAACUAAACCCUCUUGACGAAAUAGAGUCUCUCUAUGCCUUAGGCUCUCCAGCCUCCUCGGCAUAGGAAGCGUAACAUAUAUAAGAAGAAAGAAAACUUACAGAGAGACAAAGGUAUGGGCUCUGAGGCUGUUUCGAAACCAGUGAUGCACAACGAUGAUGAUGAUAAUAAGCCUUUAGUGUUCAAGAAAAGUGUUGUUAUACCAUCAACUGUUAAGGAUGGAGAUUCUGAGGAUGAUACACCUUUACGUUCCAUAAUCUCCAUUGCGCCAGAACAAAAGAUCAACGGAAACAAAGGUUUGGAUAGGUCAAGUAGAAUCAUUAGACAUGAAGAGUCAGAUGAUGAUGAAGCUCCAAUAUCGUCAAGGUUACAAAAGAAGAAGCAUGUCAAUGAAAUUUCAAGUAGUGAUGAAAAGAAACAUUUGGUUAAGAAGUUGCAGAAUGGUUCCAAGCUUGAAAGUGAAAGGCCAAAGGUGUCUGGCAAGAGACUUUUGGAGAAGGACAGCUCUGAAGAUCAAUCUUCCAUGAAAAAGCACAAGGCAUCAUCUUCAACUGCGAAACAAGAUUCUGCGAAAGCAGAAAGUUUAAGUGGAAAGAGGAAGGCUGUGGUAUCAACUAAUGAAACUGAUGAUGAUGAUGAUGAUGAUGAUGUUCCCAUUUCCAAGAGAAUCAAGACAGACUCUUCCUCCAACAUUAAAACACCACCCACAAAGCCUACAGUAACAAAACAGAGUUCUACUUCAUCAACUAGGAAGCAGAAUGUGACAAGAGUAGCUUCUCCUCUGCCCAAGAAAAGGAGCAAAAGAUCCAAGAAAAACUCUGAUUAUGCAAAGUCUUCAAAAUCUUUACGUUCUGGAGAUGGGAAAAAGAAGUGGACAACCUUGGUGCACAACGGUGUCACUUUUCCACCACCGUAUGAACCUCAUGGUAGCAAGAUCUUAUACAAGGGAAAGCCAGUCAAUUUAUCUCCUGAGCAAGAAGAGGUUGCAACCAUGUUUGCUGUGAUGAGGGAGACAGACUAUUAUAACAACCCUUUAUUUAGAAAGAAUUUCUGGAGUGACUGGAGAAAACUACUUGGAAAGAAACAUGUGAUACAGACGCUAGAUGAUUGUGACUUUACCCCAAUAUAUGAGUGGCAUUUGGAAAAGAAGCAGAAGAAUAAAGAGAAAAAAGAGAAAAAACAGGAGCAGGAAGAGAAGUAUAUGUGGGCUAUUAUAGACGGUGUCAAAGAGAAAGUAAGUUCAUGUAAAUGCUCUCCAUCUUUUGGGUUAAGGCUUACUUACUGUGAUGGUUGUCUCUCUCUCUUUCAGAUUGGGAACUAUAAGGUUGAACCUCCUGGGUUAUUCAGAGGCCGGGGAGAACAUCCUAAGAUGGGAAAGUUUAAGAGGCGUAUACAUCCUCAUGACAUCACUCUAAACAUAGGGAAAGAUGCUCCUAUCCCUGAAUGCCCCAUACCUGGUGAAAGAUGGAAAGAAAUAAAGCAUGAUAACACAGUCUCAUGGCUAGCAAUGUGGAAUGAUCCUGUUAUCUUAAAAAAGGAAAAGUAUGUUGGUCUGUCAGCUAGCAGUUCUCAGAAAGGACAAAGCGACAAGGAUAAGUACGAGAAUGCCAGGAAGCUUAAGGACCACAUAGAAAGUAUAAGAGAAGCUUACACCAAGAACUUUACUUCUAAAGAUGUUCUAAAGCGUCAGAUAGCUGUGGCUACCUAUCUCAUUGAUAAAUUGGCACUUAGAGCUGGUACUGAUAAGGAUGAUGAUGAGGCAGACACUGUUGGUUGCUGUACGCUAAAAGUAGACCAUGUGGAGUGCAUUCAUCCAAAUCAGUUAAAGUUUGACUUCCUUGGUAAAGAUUCAAUAAGAUAUGAGAAUACUGUUGAAGUUGAGCCUCCUGUUUACAAAGCCAUUGGACAGUUCAAAGCUGGUAAAUCCAAUUCAGACGAUCUUUUUGAUGAGAUAGACGCAAACAAACUGAACGCUCAUCUUAAGGAGCUUAUGCCUGGACUCACAGCUAAAGUAUUCCGUACAUACAAUGCAUCCAUCACCCUGGAUAAAACGUUGCGUCGAGAAACCAAAGAUGGUGUUGAUGUCAACCAGAAAAAAAUAGUUUAUGAUCAAGCCAACAAGGAGGUGGCCAUAAUCUGUAAUCACCAGCGUGCUGUUACAAAGUCUCACGGUGCACAAGUCAAGAAACUGAAAGAUAAGAUAGAUGAACUCAAGGAGGGUCUAAAACAACUUAAAACCAAUCUAAAGAGGGCUAAAAAGGGAGAAGAUCCAUUAGAGGGUUCAGAUGGAAAGAAAACGAGAAACAUAACUCCAGAAGCGUGGGAGAAGAAGAUAACUCAACAGAAGAUGAAGGCUGAGAAGAUGGAACGGGACAUGCAGACAAAGGAGGAUUUGAAAACUGUGGCCUUGGGAACGUCUAAAAUUAAUUACAUGGAUCCUAGGAUCACAGUUGCGUGGUGCAAACGUAAUGAAGUACCCAUUGAAAAGGUAAAAAUAGAAAUAUUGAUGUUACUUGUGGGGGGUAAAGUGAAAAAGAAACGACUGAGUGGUCUAAAUAGCGUUAAUGUUCUUUAAAAAUAAAAAAACUAAAUAGCGUUAAUGGAAAUAUGCAGAUGUUCACCAAGACUCUCCAGGAGAAAUUUACGUGGGCAAUGGACGUGGAACCUGACUUCAGAUUCUAACAUGCAGCAUGCAGUAGCCGCAGCUUUGAAAAUUUCUGAUACUCUACGCUGGUAUUCAUUACGAAUGUUAAUUAAAUAGUUGAGUAAGAAUGUUUUAUGUUUCUAUAUAUAACUUAACCAAGAAAAUUCUCCAUACUAAAUGAAAACUCACUAAAGUGAUUUUUGCUUAGAUGUCAAUGGGAGUUUAAAAAAAAUUGUUAUAAUUUGAUUGUUUGAAAGAUAUUUAAUAUUUAAUUAUUUUAAGUAGAUCUAAAAUAAAUGGUUAGUCUAAACCUAAUUAAUAUCACUUACCAAAUAGUUUAAAUGAUAAUAUAAAUAAUAAUUUAUGGUAACUGAUUAUCAAAAUUAUAGAAAGUGUAAUAAUGUUUGAUUAUUUCUUUUAUAUUACUCAAAAUAAUUAGUAGAACACAAUUUAUAGAAAUCGAUAUAAUGAUUUCAUAUUCUUAUAUUAAACAUUAUAUAUGUAUAUAAAAAAUUAUAAUAAUUAUUAAUGUCUUAUAAUGUCCAUAUAUGUCUUAUAAGUCAUUUAUAAGCAAAUAUAACAUUUAUUAAACUAUCUAUCAUGGCUUACAAAAUUAUUUCAUCUUAAUUUUAAAUUAUUUAUAUAAGUUUAUAAAAUAUUUAUAAAAAUAAAAAUUCUCCUAUAUAUUAAACGAGAAGUCACUUAAGUGAUUUUCGCUUACAUGUCAAUCAUUUGUGAAGUCUUAAGAAAAUUGUUAUGAUUUGCUUGGUCGAUAAAUUUCGAUUUUAUUUAUUUUUGUUUAGAUUUAAAUAAAAAAUAAAUCUAGAACCAAUUAAUAUCACUUGCCAAAUAAUCUAAAUUAUAUUAUAAAUAAUGAUUUAUGUAACGAAUUGUUAAAAUUAUAUAAAGAAUAAUAAUGUUUGAUAACUCUCUUUUAUAUUUAUAACUAAAUAAUAUAAUGAAAGAAACUUUUUAAAAUUUUAAAUUAUUUUAAUUAGAUCUAAGAUAAAAGAUAAGUCUAAAACUAAUUACUAUCACUUGCCAAAUAACCUAAAUGAUAUUACAAAUAAUAAUUAGUGGUGGCUAAUUUUCAAAGUUAUAGAAAAUGUAAUAAUGUUUGAUCAAUUCUUUUUAUAUUUAUAUACUACAUAAAAUAAUAAAUAUAAAACAAUUUAUAGAAAUCGGUAUAAUGAUUUCAAAUUCAUAUAAAAAUAUAGUAGUAUCUAUAACACUAACUAAUUUCUUAUAAUGUCCAUAUAUGCUUUAUAAAUAAUUAGUUUUUAAAGAUUGGACGGAUUAUAUUUAACGGAACAUGCGAGAAUUUUGAUUUAAAAAAAAUUCAUUUAAAUAAUAUAGUGAAUAAGGUAAUGUUAUGAUUGAAAAGAAUAAUGUUAUGAUUGAAUAGAAUUCUAAGAUGAAUUUUGGUUUAUUGAUUGUAUGUUUUGUAUUACUAUUUAAAGAGAUAAAUAAACAUUUGGCAAAAAUAUGUAAAAAGUUAGGAAAACAUAAGCAAAAAUUUAAUAAAAAGAAUGAAAUGAUAAUGAAAAAAA